UGUCAACAUGCUGCUCCGCCGGUUCAUGAGCACGUCGAUCCCGAAGCGGCUGACCGCGGCCGAGCGGGCGACUGCCCUCGCGACAAUCGAUCCGUCCUGGAAGCUCGUCGACGGCCGCGACGCCAUUACGCGCAACUUUGAAUUCCGCGACUUCAACGAGGCGUGGAGCUUCAUGUCCCGGACGGCGCUAAUCGCCGAGCAGGGCUGCCAUCACCCCGAGUGGUUCAAUGUCUACAACCGCGUGGACGUCACGCUCAGCACGCACGACUGCGGCGGUCUCUCGACGAACGACAUUAGCAUGGCCAAGAAGAUGGACGAGUUUGCGGCCGCCUUGCACAAGCCCUAAGUCGCUAAAAUGUACCUUUCGCCCUUUCUC